GUAAGAAAUUAGUUGUACACACAGGAAAACGGUGAGUGAGAGUACAGAUGACUGCAGCGCACCAUGGCAACAAGUUCAGCUGAAAACUUUAGCUAUCAGCCUUUUAAAUGUUUAGAGAUUAGAUACACAACUCUCCUGUUGAUGGCUUGUUGUGCAUCAGGAGCAAUCGGAAAACAAAUUGUCCUAGAGGAUCAUUUAGGCAAACAUAACCAUGAACAUAAUGCAAAUAUGUUCCUUGGUUCAGAGGACAAAGAUGAAAUACAGAAACUCAGCCCAUCUGAGCAGCGAAAGCGACUGGUGGAGAUAGUGAAGAAGAUUGACACCAACUCCGAUAAAUACUUGACACCAGAGGAAAUCACAUUAUGGAUACAGAGGGUGUACAGGGCAUAUGCGUUGGAUGAUGCUGAGGAACGCUUCCCUGAGUUUGACUCCAACAAUGAUGGUCUGGUAUCUUGGGACGAAUACAAUAUGGUCUUGCAUGGUCAUACUGUGGAAGUUGAUGUAGAUGCUGUUCUUGAAGACCCCGAGGAGGAGUCUCUCAGAUUUCUCCAUGCAAAGGAAAAAAGACGUUUUGACUUUGCCGAUAUGGAUGGCUCAGAUGCUUUGAACUUAACUGAGUUCCUUGCGUUUACUCAUCCGUCUGAAGUGGACCACAUGGCUGAUUUUGCCAUUGAAGAUGUGCUUUCUGAAUAUGAUUUGGAUAAAGACGGAUUCAUCAGCUUGAGUGAAUUCAUCGGAGAUCUCAGAGCAAAUGAGCAGGAAGAGCCCUCGCAGUGGGAGGUUGAGGAAACGGUGCGCUUUAAAGAUCUCUAUGACCAGGAUAAGGAUGGAAAACUCAACAGGGAUGAACAGCUCCACUGGGUCGCUCCCAACAGCUAUGGCUCGGCACGAGAAGAAGCCAUUCAUCUGAUCAAAGAAAUGGACCAAGAUGGUGAUGGUAGACUCUCGGAAGCAGAGAUUUUAAACAACCAAGACACUUUCAUGAACAGUGAAGUGACUGAUUACGGCAGACAGCUUCAUGUGCCACAUGAUGAAUUGUAAUAGUUAGAACCUUUUAUAAAUAGCUCUUAUGGUGCCACAAAGAAAGACUACUUGAGUUUUUACAAGUUCAUUUUUAUUAGAUAGCAUGUAACUGGCACACUACUAUUACACAGCCCUGCAUCUUGAUUUGUAAAAAUGAUAUGAUGAACUCAUAAUGAUGCUGAGUUACCAUAUACAGUUUUUUUUUUCACAACAUAACAUUA